AUCAUUGGUAAGAGUCAAUUUGAAUCUAUAUUGAUGUACCUACUACUCACAACAAAUCCAAAGUCGAUCAGCAACCAAUUAAUCACACUCUUUCCAUGGAAUGAUGGGAGUGUGUUGUCCUCUUUUAGAUUGCUUUUUAACUUGGUGGUAAAUAUAGUAGUUAUUUUAUGUUAAAGGGAGGGUUAAAGAUGGAUAAACAUGAUGUUAGUACCAAAGAUGGAAAACUAGAAAAUGAUCAAAUGAAAAAGCAAGAUUUUCAGGGAAGGACUUGGUAUCUCCCAAUUCUCAGGCAAGGACACUCCGGCCACUUAUAAAUAGCAAAGCAACCUUUCCACAACCAUGCCAACCCACCUCAAAAUUCUUCUCCUUUUGUGCUUCCAACUCUUUUCUUUGUUAUAUUAUUCUCUUUCACUUUCUGCCAACCCUUGGAGUCAACAUGACUAUCCUCAUUGAGCAAUCUGAUCACUUUGGGGCUGAAGUAGAGGCAAAGACUGAACCAAUAAAUGAGAGAGAACUGGUGUUGGAUGGUGGAUUUCUGAUAACACAGACCAACUCAUUUGGGCACAUGUUUAGGGCUUAUAAUGAUGCUGAAAGUGAGAGGCAUGAAGGAGUGGAGAACUUCUACAGAAAAAAUCACACUUACCAAUCAAUUGAUUUCGUGAAGAAAAUGAGAGAGGAGUACGCAAAAUUGAACAGGGUAGAGAUGAGCAUAUGGGAAUGUUGUGAACUCCUUAAUGAAGUGGUGGAUGAGAGUGACCCUGACUUGGAUGAACCUCAGAUUGAACACUUGCUCCAGACAGCCGAAGCUAUAAGGAGGGACUACCCUGAUGAAGAUUGGUUGCACCUAACUGGCCUUAUCCAUGAUCUUGGCAAGGUGCUGAAUUUGCCUAGUUUUGGAGGACUUCCUCAAUGGGCUGUAGUAGGGGACAUAUUCCCUGUUGGUUGCAGAUUUGAUGAGUCCAUUGUUCACCACAAGUAUUUUAAGGAAAAUCCAGACUACAACAAUCCAGCAUACAACACUAAAUAUGGGAUUUACUCAGAGAGAUGUGGACUUAACAAUGUGAUGAUGUCAUGGGGACACGAUGACUACAUGUAUCUAGUGGCAAAGGAGAAUGAUACUACACUGCCCUCUGCGGCUUUGUUCAUUAUAAGAUACCAUUCAUUCUAUGCAUUACAUAAGGAAGGAGCCUAUAAGCACUUGAUGAAUGAUGAGGAUUUUGAGAAUCUGAAAUGGCUCCAUAUUUUCAACAAAUAUGACCUUUACAGCAAGAGCAAAAUUCGAAUUGAUGUUGAAAGGGUCAGACCGUACUAUCUGUCCCUCAUUGAAAAGUACUUCCCUGCAAAGCUGAAGUGGUGAAGAGUUAAUUGGAGCCAUGAAGUGCCAAUAAUUUACCAUGAUAGCCAACUAGUUUCGUAUGGAGUAGAGGGAAUAAUAAGCUAUAAAGCUGUAGUUGCAUUAAUUAAUUUAUAUGCUUUGGUGGUUUAAGAUAUUCUUGUAAGUUGUAUGAAAUAAUAUUUGUAGCUAAAGUCCUGCAACCAGAGGAAAUGUUUUUCCUUUUUUGUUUUUUCUUUCCCUUAUCUAAGGAAUUCUCACAUAAUGUGAAACUAUACGGUCUCUUGAUUCUUUAA